AACGUGAAUGUUUAGUUCUUCCGUAGCCGACCCACUAGACGGUCGAGCUUUUUUUUCGUCGUCGUCCCAUUGAUUGUCGCGAUUUAUCACUUUGAGCUUGCCGUAUAGGCUAAUCUCACUCUGAAGCUGUCUGUUACUUUCGGAAGUGCACUCUCAUCGCAUAACUCUCACUAGCGAGGAAACCCAUAGAUGAUGUAGGCAAAAGGAAGGGAAGCUUGCGAAAUCAAUUUCUGUUCCGUGUAAGAGAAGGAAGCGGCGGUAGUGAAGUGGAAUAGAUUGAAUGAAUAGAAAUUAGCAUUGUUUAAGCAACUGAAAAUUACCCAUUCAAAAGCCGAGAAAAAGAAAACAAACCCAAGUUAUUAGUGAGUGAAUCCGUGUAUUAAGUAACCGCCAGUACAUAGUUGAUCGGCUGCGGUGGGUUUCUCUUUUCCCGUGCCGAUAUGACCAGCACAACAAUGCAAACCGUAAUCAAAAAUCCCAGUUGGUGGAGACGCCGGACGGCGCUGGAAAAAGUUCUAACGCUGAUCAGCAUCGUUUGCGGGAUUGCCGUCGUAGCACUACUGAUCUCACUCCUUUCGGUGCUGCUGAGCGAUCGGGUUCAAGAAUCGGACAACGGUUCUUCGCAGUCCCCACUGGCUCUUACCGGUUCACGUCGGGGCAAAUAUAUGAAAGUCGGCCCAAAUGAAGCCAAAGGCGCUGACUAUCUCUGCCUCACGCCAGGAUGCAUCCACUCAGCCUCGAAAGCAUUGGACCAGAUGGAUACCAGUGUGGAACCGUGUGACGAUUUCUACAACUACGCUUGCGGCAAAUUUCUACAGGACACCAACAUUCCCGAUGAGAAGGUGUCGGUCAAUACUUUCUCGGUGAUUGGUGAUCGUCUGCAGGAGCAGCUGCGUUCGCUCGUUAGUGAGGAAAUCCAUGAGAAUGAGGGCACGCCUUUCAAGCUUGCCAAGAAUAUGUACAAACUGUGUAUGAAUAAGACGCGAAUCGAAAAUAAGGGCAUCAAACCGCUGUUGGAUAUUUUGGAAACGUUAGGAGGGUGGCCGGUCCUGAAUGGUGACGAUUGGAAUACGGAUUCUUCCUGGUCCUGGGUGAAAUCGGUAAAGGACUUCCGCAUGCAAGGUUACAGCACUGAUUACUUCUUCGAUUUUUCGGUUGGAACCGAUUUAAAAAACUCUACUCGUAGGGUUAUUGAUACGGAUCAAGCUGCCCUGGGCAUCAGUCGCGAAUAUCUAGUCAAAGGCAUGGACAACCCAAUCGUUUCUGCAUACUACAGCUACAUGGUCGACAUGGCGGUAUUGUUGGGAGCUGAAGAAGAACGCGCCAAACGAGAACUUAUGGAUUCGCUGAACUUUGAAAUAGCCUUGGCGAAUAUCUCACUGCCAACUGAGAAACGUCGUAACGCUACGGCCCUGUACAAUCCAAUGUCGGUGAAGGAGUUCCAGAAUAAAUAUCCGUACACCAAUUGGGUCGAGUAUUUCAAUGUCAUUCUCAAGGAUACAGGCAUCGUGAUUGACGAGAAUGAAAUAAUUAUUGUCAGUGUUCCCGGAUUUAUGGAACAGCUAGGUCCACUUCUACAAAAUACUCCAAAACGAACUAUGGCAAACUAUGUAAUGUGGCGCGUCAGUGGAUUCUCUUCAUUCUUCCUUACGGAGAAACUACGAAAACGACAGCUACAGUACAGCACAGCACUCAGCGGUAAACAAGAACAGGAACCUCGCUGGAAGGAAUGCGUAGAUAUCACUGCAGGAAGUCUGCCAAUCUCAGUCGGAGCUCUCUACAUCAGGAAGUACUUCAAGGAAGAUUCCAAGCGUGCUGCCUUGGAUAUGGUGAACGGAAUCAAGAAUAUCUUUGUGGACAUUCUGAAGAAGGUCGACUGGAUGGACGAAAUCACUCGAAAAUCUGCCCUGGAAAAGGUCGACUCAAUGGUUACCCACAUUGGCUACCCAGAUGAGCUGAUGGAUGACAGUAAAAUCACUGAUUACUACAAAGAUCUGAAAUUCAAACCAGAAGACAACUACCUGAAUACUAUUCUCUAUAUGAAUCAAUUCGGAACGACUAAAGCCUUCAAGAAGCUUCGUCAAGCUGUUAACAAAACCGAUUGGAUUACUCACUCAAGACCAGCAGUCGUCAACGCUUUCUACUCCUCCAUCGAGAACAGUAUCCAAUUCCCAGCGGGUAUCCUGCAAGGUCAGUUCUUUUCGUACGAACGCCCGAAAUACAUGAACUACGGAGCCAUUGGGUUCGUCAUUGGACACGAAAUUACGCACGGUUUCGACGACCAGGGACGGCAGUUCGACAAACGCGGUAACCUUGUAGACUGGUGGCAAACAGAUACUAAGAAAGCCUAUCUGGAAAAGGCUCGCUGCAUUAUCGAACAGUACGGCAACUACACGGAACCGAAUGUGAAGCUGAGUCUGAACGGUAUUAACACACAAGGUGAGAACAUUGCGGACAACGGUGGCAUCAAGGAAGCUUACUACGCAUACAAGAAGUGGGCUGAGAAGAACGGUCCUGAGCCGCGUCUACCGGGAAUUGACCUAACGCCGGAACAGAUGUUCUGGUUAUCUGCAGCUCAAACCUGGUGCUCAGUAUACCGACCGGAAACCAUGAAGAUGCGCAUCACCACCGGCGUCCAUUCACCUGGCCAGUUCCGAGUACUUGGACCGAUGAGCAACAUGGUCGAAUUCUCGAAAGAUUUCAACUGUCCGGCUGGAUCUCCUAUGAAUCCAACGAAAAAAUGUGAAGUCUGGUAAAGCGCACAACGCUAGCUCGUUUCUCGAGUUCUUGAAUUUUCUCCAGCUUUAGGACGGCCUCAAAACAAAUCCUGUGUUCCUUCCGUUUCCUCAAUCUCUACUCCGUUUCAGUUUUUUAACCUUUUGACUGUUCUCAACGAACAAACGUGAUAUCGUAGGAACCCUCAGUCAGUUAUUGAUUCAUUUGUUGAUUUGUUGAAAAGUACUUAUAAUUUCAACUGCUGAAAUUGAAUUUUAAACAAUAUUUUACUUAAGUAAUUCUACUUAAGAUGAAAUUUUAAUAAAUAUUUAUUCCGACCGACUAUAACAAAAUAAAAAAAACUACAUGGAAAACAUACACACACAAAACAUAAAAAAUAGAAAUAAAAUACUAUAAUAUAGAUGCAGCAACAGCGCCGACAGUUAUAUAUAUCAGUCAGUACAAAACGGUUGCGCGCGAUGUGCAAACUUAUCCGAAAUUGCUUCAGAAAUCGUUAGCUUGUCGUUGAUCAUUCGUGUCUGGAUGGAUCCGUGUACUUUUCGUUACGGGCAUAAACAGUAACGAAUCUGUUGUUUGUACUUUUUGUAUUAGCGUAAGGUUUUACUAUUACUGUGUCAUGAAAUAGAAUGUUUUCUAUUA